UAAGUGAUAUGAUGCCUGCUGCUGUGAAGAGUUAGGUUUCGUUUGUGUACAAGACUGUAUAAGUAGCCAGCCUGUCACCUACUGCUACAACACACACAGCCGGAGCUGCAGCAACAACUACAACAACUACAACAACUACAGACCUUAACAUCUACCAUGGCCCCAACUUUGUUUGAAGUGCAGCCGAAGCCCGGGGACCUGAUCGAGAUCGAGAGGACGAUGUACUCUCACUGGGCCGUGUACAUCGGGAACAACGAGGUGGUUCACCUCUUACCCCCUGGUGAGGAUCUGUUGUCUAUGAUGGACAGUUCCUGUGCCGUUGUGCGGAGGCAGAGGCUCUCGGCGGUGGCCCCGUCGGGUUUCCGGGUCAACAACCUGCUGGACGGGAAGUACACCCCGCGCCGGCGGGACGUGAUCGUGGCCGAGGCUUGCAAGUUGUUGGGCCGGACGCUGCAUUACUCCCUGACAGAGUACAACUGUGAACACUUCGCCACCAGCCUGCGCUACGGCAAGCGCGAGUCCAGACAGGUGAAACAAGCGGAGGAAACAGCCUUGGCGCUUGGGGCCGUUGCCACGGUAGCGCUGGGGGCGGCGUUCUUCGCAGCCCUGCUCAGUGGGGAGGGGGAGACGAAGGAGAAAGAGAGAGAAAAACGGAACCGGCACGGCCGAAGAUAUUGACUUCCUGCCUUCCCUCCUCCUUCCUUUCCAGAUGCAGUUCAUUAAGAAAGUACUAAUAAAGUUUCAGCACAAAUAAGGAGCUAUGCUAGCACUGAUGAUGAUGAUGAUGAUGAUGACGAUGACGAUGAGGAUGAAUGAGCCUGACAAUGCUGCUGUUGGGGGUCAGAGAUGGUGGCAAUGGUCCCAUCACCGAGACCAGUACAGCCCUUCAAGUGCUGGUGGUGCUGGGAUCUCUUAACAAGCUGUUAAGGCCCAAUCCCGUUUCUUUGCUCACUGUCUCAACCCUACAUCUCAACCCUAACCCUAACCCUUACCCUCAUAGCUCAUGCUCAUUGCUACCCCUAACCGAUCCCCUACCAAAUGGAACAACCCUACCCUGUGACGUCAUCAUGGCCUCCCCGUGCCCCCUAGCAGAUAACCAGACCCCUGGUAAUGUUACAAGAGACAGACUGGCUGCCAUUGUCUCGGGCAACGAGCAAGACCCAUUGUAAAGAUGUUUAACCUGAAAUGGUAUUUAUAUUUUGUAAUUGGCAUGUUUAA